UUCAUACCUGGCGCUUCUUAUUGUCCUUUGCUCCUCUCAUCGCCUUUCGUUUUCCUCCCUCCUGCUUUCUGAACUGACCAGGACGGAUCUUCCCUCUAAAAUCAAAGCAUCCCGAGCAAGUAGCCUCUCCCCUGACCCAAUUCAACACUCCUACUACCCCUCCUCAUAUUCCCCCGCCGACGUCGCCGCCCGCCGCCCGCCCGCCAUCCAUCUAAAUUCCCCCCACUCCACGCCAUCGUCAGUCAGUCACACACAGACUUCGACUUCACCUCUCCCCUCCCUCCCUACCAUUCUUACGCACAAGGCAUAAAGACCGUACAACCCAGCAAAAGCACAAUGUCCUCCCUCAUCGAAGUGGCCUCAGAGGCCGAGUUCCCGACCUACCUCUCGUCCCUCCCGCCAACCUGCCUCCUGGUGCUGUACUUCCACGCCCCCUGGGCGGCACCCUGCACGCAGAUGCGAGCAGUGCUAUCGGCCCUGGCCUCGCAAUACCCGGCGACAAACCCACCCACGACGGCCUUCCUGAGCGUCAACGCCGAGGAGCUGCCCGACAUCUCGGAAGACUACGACGUGACGGCGGUGCCCUUCGUGGUGCUGGUGCGCGACGGGCAGAUCCUCGAGUCGAUCAGCGGCAGCGAAGCCGUCCGCGUCCGCGACGCCGUCGAGCGCUACGCCGGCGCCGGCACGAACACACAGCUAUCACAGCAAUCACAGCAACAAAAGACCACGAUCCCGCCGCCAUUGACCGCCGUGCCCCGCGAGGACGCCGCCGCGCCCACGACCGCCACCCAGGCGCCCAACGGAGCCGCUCCCGCGCCCACGGAGACAAAGGAGGCCCUGUUCGCGCGCCUGGCCGAGCUGGUCAAGGCCGCGCCCGUCAUGCUGUUCAUGAAGGGCACGCCCAGUGCGCCGCAGUGCGGGUUCAGUCGGCAGUUGGUGGGCAUCCUGCGUGAGCGCAGCGUCAAGUACGGGUUCUUCAACAUCUUGGCCGACGAGGACGUGCGGCAGGGCCUGAAGGAGUUCGCCGAUUGGCCGACUUUCCCUCAGCUGUGGGUUAGUGGCGAGUUAGUCGGUGGCUUGGAUAUUGUCAAGGAAGAACUCGAGAACGAUCCGGAUUUCCUCGCCGCGUAUUCGGUCAACAAGGCUGCGUGAGAGAAUUAUAGAUAUUGUCCCGUCGUUGGAUUUCUCUGGUCCCUGUUUCACAGUCCCCCUGUGUACUUUGAUGCUAUUAAAGAUUUUUUUUUCUUACGUCUAUCUCCUUCUAUAUCCACUUAUAAGGCACCUGAAGAUCUAGCGCUGGUGAUUGAAAGAUUUUAAUUGUUGGCUCUUGUUCCUCAGCUUCUCGUCUCGGCGUCUGUGCCGCUUGUAGUACUACACGAGUCUUACAUACCUGUAUGCG